CCGAACCUUUAAAAUCACUAUUAGCUGGAACCACAUCUCAAUCAAAAUUGUUUUUUAAAAAAAUUCGUAAAUUCAAUUCUUGCUUUCAAAUGACAUCAUUUGGAGCAACAAAAAUUGUUCAUAAUGAAGAUGGACGUAAUUUUGAAUCUACAUUCAAGAUUCAAGGUCAAGUUUACCACCAAAUUGGUUCAUUGCUUCCAAUGCCUGAUGCUGAUCCAAAAUUCUUACAAAUUUAUUUUAUGGGUGAUGAGGAGCAACAAACCCAUAUGCGCUGUGUAUACAAUCAUAUGGAGCAAAUGGAGGAACGAGAAAUUGUGGACAUUUUGGAAACGUUUUUUCUAAACCAUAACCAAUUGUUACGAUUGUUCAAGACUCUUUCUAACAGACUGGAAUACGACAACUACGUCAUUGUUAUUAAAGCAGACAAAGUGCCCCAUGGAGAGCACGCAGGCACAUAUAAUGUUCCAACUCUUAAUGAAGUUGCAGUUGUUAUGGCUGGUGAUCCAUGUGAACGUCGAGAUAUUCGCAUACAACGCAGAGAUAACACGAUGCAAAUAAUUCAAGACAAUCAUCGUUCUUAUGAUGCACUGCAAUAUCCAUUGAUAUUUUGGGAAGGAGAAGAUGGAUAUCAUUUAAAUAUUAAACAACGGAAUCCAACUACAGGUGAAGAACUGAUCAAGAAAGUUAGUGCGAUGAACUUCUACGCAUACCGGUUGAUGAUUCGUGCUAAUGAAGAAAAUCACAUUCUCCGAUGCAGACAGCUAUUUCAUCAGUAUGUAGUCGAUAUGUAUGUUAAAAUCGAAAGUGAGAGGUUACGGUAUAUAAAAUUUAAUCAAGUAAAACUUCGUUCUGAGGAAUACAUUCAUUUACGUGAUGCUGUAAUCGGUAACGUAGAUGCAACGAAUGAUAUAAACAACAUCGGUACCGCAUAUAUUCUUCCAUCAUCAUACAUUGGUAGUCCGCGUCAUAUGCAAGAAUAUAUUCAAGACGCCAUGACUUACGUACGUGCAUACGGCCGACCAGAUCUUUUUAUCACAUUUACGUGUAAUCCAAACUGGGAUGAAAUUAACAUUUUACUGUUGUCAGGUCAAACAACAAUGCAUCGCCAUGAUAUUACUGCACGUGUGUUCAAACAAAAAUUAAAAUCUUUGAUGAAUUUGAUUACACAUCACUCGGUAUUUGGUGAAACACUAUGUUGGCUUUACUCUGUUGAAUGGCAAAAACGAGGUUUACCUCAUGCGCAUAUUUUGAUUUGGUUAGUGGAUAAAGUAUGCCCACAAGAAAUUGACAAAAUUAUUUCAGCGGAGAUUCCGGAUCCGAAUUUUGAUAAAUAAUUAUUUAACAUUCUUACUACUAAUAUGAUCCAUGGUCCAUGUGGUACUCUAAAUAUGGUGUCACCAUGUAUGGAUAAUGGGAAAUGUACAAAACGUUUUCCAAAACCAUGUCAAACUGAUACUAUCACCAAUAUCGACGGUUAUCCAUCUUACCGUCGUAGAGACGUAGACAAUGGUGGUCAAUCAUAUGAAUUACGCCUGUCA